GGUUUGACGCCUGCGUAGAUAUCGUCUUGAGCAACCAAAGUAAAUAAUGGCGUCCAAAGUAGGAAAAUUUAGUUAAAAUAAUCAUCGACAUCCGCCCUUCUCUUUUGAUAUUUUACAAAAUUAAUGGUAUAUUAAAAGUUAUCAUUCAUCUUCCGACCCAAGGAGGGGUUAUUGGAAGGGCUACGAUUUAUAGGGUUCACCAUUUUAUAUUUUAUGACAGAAAAAAUGGAGCUGCGAGUUGGAAAUAAGUACAGACUUGGGAGAAAAAUAGGAAGUGGUUCAUUUGGUGAUAUUUAUCUUGGCACAGAUAUUUCCAAUGGUGAAGAAGUGGCCAUCAAGCUGGAAUGUGUGAAAACAAAGCAUCCUCAGCUUCACAUUGAAAGCAAAAUUUAUAGAAUGAUGCAGGGUGGUGUGGGUAUACCAACAAUCAAGUGGUGUGGAGCAGAAGGUGACUACAAUGUUAUGGUCAUGGAGCUUCUUGGCCCUAGCCUUGAGGAUCUCUUCAACUUCUGCUCACGAAAAUUUAGCCUUAAAACCGUCCUGCUGUUAGCAGAUCAGCUGAUAAGCAGAAUAGAAUAUAUUCACUCCAAAAAUUUUAUCCACCGUGAUGUUAAACCAGACAAUUUUCUCAUGGGUUUGGGGAAAAAAGGCAAUCUAGUGUACAUUAUAGACUUUGGCCUGGCCAAAAAAUAUCGUGAUGCAAGGACACAUCAACAUAUACCAUAUCGGGAAAAUAAAAAUUUAACUGGAACUGCUAGAUAUGCCAGCAUCAACACACAUUUAGGCAUUGAGCAAAGUCGAAGAGAUGAUAUGGAAUCUUUAGGCUACGUGUUCAUGUAUUUUUUGAGAGGAAGUUUACCCUGGCAAGGUCUUAAGGCAGCUACUAAGCGUCAGAAAUAUGAACGCAUCAGUGAAAAGAAAAUGUCUACUCCCAUUGAGGAAUUGUGUAAAACAUUUCCAUCUGAAUUCGCCACUUACUUAAAUUUCUGUCGAUCUCUGAGGUUUGAUGACAAACCUGACUAUUCCUAUCUUCGACAACUGUUUAGGAAUCUGUUCCACCGGCAAGGUUUUACCUAUGAUUAUGUUUUUGAUUGGAAUAUGCUCAAAUUUGGUGGGAGAGGUACGGAAGAAUUAGAAAGAGAUCGCAAUAAAAUGCACAGUUCAACAUCCCGUGCACUUCCUGUGACUGCCUUACCUAGGCGUACAGAUCAGAUGGGUGUUCAGCCAGGACCUAACUCAGGGGACUUCAACAGUAUAGAGGGUCACAUUGAUGUAAGAGGUCAUUCAGGGAGGGCUAAAGAGAGGCUUCCUGUCCGGCUUUCAUUAGCUACCAAAGGCUCAGAAUCUCAAGAGGCUAUGGCAGGAGAAAGUCGAGUCAGUGAUCGUCUAGCAACACCCUCAUCUGGUGGACGCAUUAGCUUUAAAGGUUCAGGGCUGCCUGUUCCAGUUGCAACAUCCGAUGGCUCAAAGUUUAGACGGAUGGCUGCAGAUGGGCAGUCAAAAGGAAAGCGUUGAUAGUUCAUACCCAUUUCUCAAAAUUAGAUUUCAGAAUAAUAUAAUUAAGACAUUGCAUAUUCUUAAAACAAAAAUCAAAUUUCCAAUGAAUUUGUUAUAGAAAUAAAACCAAGAUCUCUCAUCAUUUCUCUCUUUUGUUGAUAGCAGGUUUGAUUUAAGAGUUAGUAACUAGAUGUAGCCUAUGGUUGACAAUUAUCAUAAUCAAGCAGCAUUGCAUAACUGGAUACGUGAAUCUCUACUUUAAAAAAUAGGAUUGCCUGGCUGAUACCACUGUAUAUUUCAGACCUAGAUAAUACUUUCUGAAUGAAGUGCUACAUUAUCUAGCAGAAUUACUUCAGAUUUUAUGUAUGAAUGUUUUUUUUUUCUUAAUAAAAGGCAUUCCAUAGAUAACUGCUUAAUAUUUUUAACUUGCUAAGUUUAGAUACACAUAUACUUAUAGACUUCUCUUUGAUUGUUAAUGGAAUAAUUUGAUCACAUGUGAGUCGCUCUUGUUCUCAGUUGUAUUAUUUUUGUAAAAAAAAAAACUUGUACAAUUCAUUGUGUACAUAGAUUGGCUCUUUUUUUUUUUUGUUUGUUAUAUAUGUACAUAUUAUUUGUUAAAUUUUGUGUUUGAAUCCUGAUGUUGCGCUCACGUUUUAAUAAUUGUACAAGUCAUUAAUUUUAUAUUUUGAUUCUAGUGGAAAACAAACUUUUUUUCUACUCUAAUUUGGUAUUUCUUCAGAAUACGAAAGAUUAUCAAUAAAACUAAAAAUUAGUUACCCAUAUCUUUUUUUUUUUCAAUUCCAAUGUUUUUUCCUUUUAUUGUUCUUUAUCUUGAGUAAUGAAAAAACAAUUUAGUUUUAAAAAAUCUAAUCUAUGUUACUAUUUAUCUCACCUUUUUAAAAGUAUAUAUUGGUUCUGCUUGUAACUGAGAAUUUUGCUUAUGAAAUUUUUUAUUAAAAACUUUCUCUAUCAUAAAAUGUCAUCUUACAUAGUUAAGUGAAAGUGAAGAUAGUGUCUUUUUAAACAAAAAAUAUUUUUUAAUUGCUUUGUUUUAUUCAUUAGAAUUUGCAUGUUUGAAAGUAGAUUUGUUAACAGUUGCAUUUAUCAUUAGAUAAUUUUUUUUUUCUCUAACCCAUUGUAAUGAUUGAAUCUAGGUAUUUGAUGACAAUUUACUCUAAUUGUUAGUUUUGUAGUUAACACAAAGUAUACUAUACAUUACUGUAUGUAAAGUGUAUCAAUGUACCACUUGAACUUGUAGUGGCAGUCAUUGAUCAUUUUCAAUGUAUCUAUUGUUUCUAAUUGUGCAUGUCUUGUACAGAGUUUUUUUUUCCUACUCUCAUUAUCUCCUGAGAUGAUAGGAAACAAAAGAUUUCAUUGGUCAAUUCUCUCAGCAUAAUGUACAUAAUAUAGUUCUUUCACUGCAUUCAAUGUCUUAAACUCUAGUUUUUACUUUUGUUACUGCAACAGCGUUUGAUUUGUGCUUUUUGUUUUAAAGAAAAAAGCAAUAGGGAUAUAAUUAAAUUUUGCAUAAUGUAAAAAUAAGACAUCUAUGAUCUUAAUCUCAGUUAUUUUGAACAUAAUACUUUUCUCUUGUGUAUAGUAAGAAAAUAUUUUCUAAGCUUGAGCUUUUGGUGUGAAAUUAGAGAAGUUUUUUAAAAAUGGUUAAAAUACAUACACAAAAAUAUAUAAUUAUCCUUAUUAAGCUUUAAAAAAACCUCUCUAAAUGUCAUUGUACAAAUCCAUGACACCUCUUUUUUUUUGCUCGUGUCAUAUCCAGUUUAUUUUUUCCUUUUUUAUUUCUAUGAUUUUAAGUCUUGGCAGAAGUCAACAUUGCCGAUCCCCAUUAAAUCAGGAUAAAUGAAGAAUAGUAGAAAAAUAUUAGUGUAAAAAAAUGAACAUAUUGACACAGAUAAUUACAAAGUUUAUACACCUGAUUUGUUUACACCUUAAACUUUUUUGAUGAGAGCAGUUGCUGUGAAAAGUGGGUUGAAAUCUAGUUCUUUAUCAAUAUUAUACAUUUCUUUUUUGCAACUGAAUAAUAGAAAAAAAGAUGCUGAAUAAUUACAAUACAUUAUUGAAGAGAAAUAAUUUAAUACAAUUUAUACACCACUUUGUUGCUGGACUAUUGAAUGACUAUUAAAAAAAUGGGAAAGGGGGGGGGGGAAUCAAUAUUCAAGAAUAAAAUAAGAUCAAAUACAAUUUUGAAAAUAACCCUUUUUAAAAGUUAAUGGGUUCAUAUUCAUGUAAUUGUAUUGAUUUAAAAUGAAUCAUGACUAAACAAUUUGGAUAUUAUUACAAUGACCAAGGAGUUUCUUUUGAACACAUUUAAACCACCUAGUUACUAAAUUUACAUCAUAGUGUAACUACUCCUUUCAAAUAGAAGUUAUUUAGGUUUGAUUUUUAUUUAUUGAAAAAAAAACUUUGGAAGAUAAAAAAAGGAAUGUUAGUAAUUGUAGGUAAUUCUAUUUUAGAAAGAUGUACUCCUGGGUGUCAAGAAAUUAAAUAACAUGUUUGAAAGAGGCAGUAAGUUUUUUUGAUAAACAUUUAUGUACAUGUAAUAUGACCAACCCUAAUCAAUUAACAUUCAUGAAGGUCAUUGGUGAUAGCACACCCUACUAAUUAAGUCAGAUUUAUCCAUUAUUUGGGUUGCAACUAAUAUAUUUAUAAACUGAUAUGUUUUGCUUUUGGAAAUCAACAAACAACAAUAAUUAAACUAUAAUUUCUUGUCAUAACAUCCCCAUUGUGAUAUAGUUUAAAUUUAUGUCAAUGAUCGCCAAAUGUUUUUCGGAUAAUAUUCUUUUUAGUUUCUGAAUUGUGUCAGUUUAGCUUUUUUGGGUGCAUGACUAUUUGAUGAAUCAAACAAUUUGUUUGUUUAUUUUAUCCAUUAUAAACUUAAUAAUUGGAAUGUUUUACUUUUAAAAUUACUAAGUGUUCAAUAUGUAUUUUAUUUCUGUGUGAAACGGUUAUGCAUAGAAUUUAAUCACAUAUAUAUAUACUUAACUCUUUCUCUCGUAAUUAUUUACCACAUUUUGGUGGAAUCAACAUUGGUAUCGUCAGUUAGGAGAGAAAGAGUGAAUAUAGAAUUUUUCCCUUUUGUUUUUUACAAUUAUUAGAUUGUUCUUUUUUAAAAUCAAGACUGAAGUUUGUUAAUAUUUGAGGGUUUACUAUUUCUUUGACAAUUGUUUUCAUGUAUAUGCAGCACAUGUAUAUCCAUACCUUCAUAAAAUUGCAUCAGUUUGAUAUGUGCUUAGAAAUGUACAUGUCUUCAUGUGAUAUUGGUCAUCAUCAAAUAAAAGAACAUGAAAUAGUG